CGUCUACCUGCCACUAGGAUCAUACUUAGCCAUGUAGGCGGCUCUGGAACCGCGUCCUAUCGCCCAAUCUCUCUCUCUGGUCUCCCCUUGGGUAUAGCCUAGCCUACUGCGUUGUGAAGCUGCGAGAAAAUUUGGACGAAAUGGCAACUCUUCUCGAACGCGACCCGAACCCUCAGAAUUUCUACGCCAGCCUCAUCCAGGGGCAGAAGUUUGCGGUCAUCCCAGAGCUACGGCUGGACUCAGGUGAUGUGUUAGAGUCGUGCCCGGUUGCAUACAAGACAUGGGGCCGGCUCAACGAAAGCCGCGAUAACGUCCUGGUGAUCUGCCACGCCCUGACCGGUAGCAGCGACGUCAGCGACUGGUGGAGUCCAUUGCUCGGCGGCGGCAAGGCCUUCGAUCCGGCACACUUUUUCAUCUUCUGCGCGAAUGUGCUCGGGUCGCCCUACGGAAGCGCCUCACCACUCACCACCGACCCGCGGACGGGAAGGCCCUAUGCCAGCGAGUUCCCACAGACAACCGUCCGAGACGAUGUGCGGGCGCAUAAGUAUGUCCUCGACGCCCUAGGCGUCCAAUCGGUUGCUGCCGUGAUUGGGGGUUCGAUGGGUGGUAUGACGACUCUAGAGUGGCCGCUCUGCACCGCCACGGGAUACGUUAGGAGCAUCAUACCCAUCGCAACGGCGGCCGACCACAGCGCCUGGGGGAUAUCUUGGGCGGAGACGCAGCGCCAAUGCAUCUACUCGGACCCUAAAUUCGACGACGGCUACUACGAGCCUCGGCCAGAGGGCCAGCCGUCGGCCGGGCUGGCUGCCGCGCGCAUGGUUGCCAUGCUCACCUACCGCUCGUGUGUGAGCUUCGACGCGCGGUUCGGGCGCAAGCCCCAGCGGCAGCAGAGGGCUAGGCAUGUCCAGGAGCCGCCGCUCGACCUCCCGCGGACGGACGUCCCUAUCGCGGCAGCCACAGUCGCGUCAGCCGCGGCCGUGGGUGGACGGUCGGAGAGGAUGAAGGGCUGGGCCGCGAGGCGGGACCCUUCAUUCUCCGCUCAGGGGUACCUGCACUAUCAGGGCCAGAAAUUCGUCCAGCGCUUCGACGCUAACUGCUAUCUGCACAUCACCAACAAGAUGGACGCCCACGACGUUACGCUGGGCCGGACGCACGCCCAAGAGAUCGAGGGCAGCACCGGAGACGGGGAAAGCAUCCUGCGCGAAGUCCUAGCCGCCGCGCCGCCGGGAGCGCUCGUCGUCAGCGUCGAGACGGACGCACUGUUCCUGCCGGAGCAGCAGGAGCGUCUCGCGGCGUGCCUCGCGAACGCGACACUUGCCGUGUUAAAGUCCUCGGACGGCCACGACGGGUUUCUGCUCGAGUUCGAGCAGCUGGGGACGUUGAUACUGGACAAGCUAAGGCGGGAUUUCCCCCAGUACUACCUGUCCGUCCUCGACGGCGACGUCGGACUUCUCGACGACGUCGAAGGGCGCACGGCACAGCCUGGUAGUGGCAGCCUGACAGGAGAGGUGGAGGCAUGGUGAUAGAGGGCUUCAGAAGAUUUCUCUUUUCGUGCUUCUGGUUGCUGGUGUUCCUGGUGUUGCGUACUAGUUGAGCGCAUGGCAUUUCCGAUAGGGUC